GUCUUUAAUCUUUACAAGUUUGAAAGGUAUACGUUAUUGUUCCCAUUUCCCCGAUGGAGAAAUUGAGGUUCAGGAAGGUUACACAAAGUCCCAGGUCUAAGAAAAAUGUCUCCCAGAUUCCAAAAGAUGUUUUUAUUAUGCUAAUAGUGGCCGUUCAAGCAUUAGAGGAAAGGUUGCCCGUGGUAUCGCUGGUAAAUUCUUCUUCCCACUUUCAAAUCUAGAAUAGUAAAACAGCAAAAAUCCCAACAGGCAUGAGAGUUAUCGCAGUAGAUAGGUUAAGCUGCUUCUCUGCUGUGGUCAACGUCAGCUCUGUUGCGAGGCGGGUUCUCCCAACAAUAGCCCACACCAUUUCCAGGCUUUUCUGGGCGAGGGGCAGGCCGAGUGUGGAACUUCUCUGGAUGCGCCCGGCCCCCAAAGCGAGAAGACAGACAGCCCCGGUUCUCCGCAGCCCCAGGUUUGCUCCUCAAGGACGGAGGGGCCUCUCAGCUCCGGCCGCCUCCUUUCCGCCCCCUGCAGGCCGGCCGGAGGAAAGCUCAGGGCCCAGGUCGGCGCAGGGAGCACGGAACCAAAGAGCGCUAGCGCCGGUUCGGCCGCCUUUCCACAAAGCCCGGGCCGAACGGCCCCGCCGCGGAGACUCAGCGCGGAUCGCUGCUCCCUCUCGCCAUGGCGCGGGUGCUGAUCGUGGGCGCCGGGAUGACAGGAAGCUUGUGCGCUGCGCUGCUGAGGAGGCAGACGUCCGGUCCCUUGUACCUUGCUGUGUGGGACAAGGCUGAGGACUCAGGGGGAAGAAUGACUACAGCCUGCAGUCCUCAUAAUCCUCAGUGCACAGCUGACUUGGGUGCUCAGUACAUCACCUGCACUCCUCAUUAUGCCAAAAAACACCAACGUUUUUAUGAUGAACUGUUAGCCUAUGGCGUUUUGAGGCCUCUAAGCUCGCCUAUUGAAGGAAUGGUGAUGAAAGAAGGAGACUGUAACUUUGUGGCACCUCAAGGAAUUUCUUCAAUUAUUAAGCAUUACUUGAAAGAAUCAGGUGCAGAAGUCUACUUCAGACAUCGUGUGACACAGAUCAACCUAAGAAAUGACAAAUGGGAAGUAUCCAAACAAACAGGCUCCCCUGAGCAGUUUGAUCUUAUUGUUCUCACAAUGCCAGUUCCUCAGAUUCUGCAGCUUCAAGGUGACAUCACCAACUUAAUUAGUGAAUGCCAAAGGCAGCAACUGGAGGCUGUGAGCUACUCCUCUCGAUAUGCUCUGGGCCUCUUUUAUGAAGCUGGCACGAAGAUUGAUGUCCCUUGGGCUGGGCAGUACAUCACCAGUAAUCCCUGCAUACGCUUCGUCUCCAUUGAUAAUAAGAAGCGCAAUAUAGGUCACACUGAUGCAAGAGGUGGACUCACACAGUCUUGGGCAGCUCUACCCUUGUGGUUUUGCAAGAUACAGCCCUCCACCCAGCUGCUUUCACAGGCUGGCAUUGAGUGUCUACAGCUUUUCCAGCUGCAUGGUGCAAGCUGCCAUUGGAUCUACCAUUCUGGAAUCUAGAAGAUGGUGGCCCUCUUCUCACAGCUCCAGCUAGCUUGAAUUUCUCCCCAGAAAAUGGGUUGUUUUCUAUCGCAUCAUCAGGCUGCAAAUUUUCCACUUUUAUGCUCUGUAUCCCUUUUAAACAUAAGUUCCAAUUUCAAAUCAUCUAUUUGUGAAUGCAUAAAACUGAAUGCUUUUAAGAGCACACAGACCACAUCUUGAACACUUUGCUGCUUACAAAUUUCUUCCACCAGAUGCCUUAAGUCAUCUCUCUCAAGUUCAAAGUUCCACACAUCUCUAGGGCAGGGACAAAAUGCCACUAGUCUCUUUGCUAAAGCAUGGCAAGAGUGACCUUCGCUCUAGUUCCCAAUAAGUUCCUCAUCUCCAUCUGAGAUCACCUCAUCCUGGACUUUAUUGUCUGUAUCACUAUCAGAAUUUUGGUCAAAACCAUUCAACAAGUCUCUAGGAAGUUCCAAACUUCCCCACAUCUUCCUGUCUUCUUCUGAGCCCUCUAAACUGUUCCAACCUCUGCCUGUUACCCAAUUGCAAAUUCUCUUCCACAUUUUCAGGUAUUUUUGUAUCAAUACCCCACUCUCUGAGGUACCAAUUUACUGUAUUAGUCUGUUUUCACACAGCUAUGAAGACAUACCCAAGACUGGGUAAUUUAUAAAGAAAAGAGGUUUAAUUGACUUACAGUUUUGCAUGGCUGGGGAGGCCUCAAGAAAUUUACAAUCAUGGCAGAAGGCGAAGAGGAAGCAAGCUUGGGCCUUCUCACAUGGCGGCAGGACAGAGAAAAGAGUGAGGAGCGAAGUGGGGAGAACCUCUUACAAAACCAUCAGAUCUCAUGAGAAGUCACUCACUAUUACAAGAACAGCAUGAAGGGAAACCAACCCUGUGAUCCAAUCACCUCACACCAGUUCUCUCCCUAGACACAUGAGGAUUAUAGGGAUUACAAUUCAAGAUGAGAUUUGGGUGAGGACACAGCCAAGCCAUGUCAAUCAUAGAGAGACCAACACAAUUGAGAUAGAAUUUAUUUUUAAAAAUGCGUGUUAUGAUAAGCAGCAUGUAGUUGGAUGUGACCCAUUAUGACAAUCUUUUUCUUUAAAUAAGCAAAUUUAACCUAUUAAUGGUUACAACUGUCAUGACCAUGAAUCUGAGGCAGCUACAGUGCUUACUUCAAAACAAAUGUUAAUUUCUGUUUGGAGACUCGGCAACUUCUGUAGCUUUUGAUUGUAAGUAUUUAAUGCUUGAGCCUUCUAAAUCUUAGUGCUCUAUUAGCAGCUCAUGAUUAUAAUGCUGCUGCUACUGCUGGGGUUGCUGCUGUUUUUAUCAACAUUCGGUGUCCUGACCUUCACUCAAAAUUGUAGACUAAAAACUGCUGUGGCUAUUUCACACUCAUUAGGAUGGCUAUUAUUAAAAACAAAAACAGAACAAACAGCAAAUAAGUAUUGGUGAGGAUGUGGAGAAAUUGGAACCCUUGUGCAUUUCUGGUGGGAAUGCAAAUGGUGCAGCCUAUGGAAAAUGAUGUGGUUGAGUCAUCAAAAAAUUAAAGAUAGAUUUCCCAUAUGAUCCAGCAAUUCCACUUCUGAGUAUCUACCCAAAAGAAGUGAAAGCAGGGACUUGAACUGAAUUUGUACAGCAAUGUUCAUAGCAGCAUCAUUUACAAUAGCUAAAAGGUAGAAGCAACUCAAGCGUCCAUUGAAGGGUGAAUGGAUAAGCAAAUUGUGACAUAUACAUAUGGUGGAAUAUCAUUCGGCCUUAAGAAGGAAGGAAACCCUGACCUACUACAAAAUAUAUGAACUUUGAGGACAUCAUGCUAAGUGAAAUAAACCAGUUACAAAAGGACAAAUACUGUAUGACUCCAUUUAUAUGAGGUGCCUAGAGUAGUCAAAUUAACACAGACAGAAAUAGAAUGGUGGUUGCCAGGGCUGGGGAAGGGAGAAUAGUUACUUAUUGUUUAAGGGAUAUGGAGUUUCAGUUUAGGAAGAUGAAAAAGUUUAGGAGGUGGAUAGUGGUCAUUGUUGGCUUUUAAAAAAUAAAUUCAGGUGGCACCUGUGCAGAUUUGUUACAUGCGUAUAUUGUGUAAUGCUGGAGUUUGGGCUUCUAGUAAACCCAUUACCCAAAUAUUGAACAUAGUACCCAAUAGGGAGUUUUUCAACUCUCUCCCCACUCCCAUCCUUACUCUUUCUGGAGUGCCCAGUGUCUAGAAUGCAUAUCCCAUUCUUUCCAUCUUUAUAUCAUGUGUACCCAUUGAUUAGCUCUUACUUAUAAGUGAAAAUAUGGGGUAUUUGAUCUUCUGUUUUAGUUUUUUUUUUUUUUUUGCAAAGGACACAAUUUCUUUUUUUAUGGCUGCAUAGUAUUCUGUGGUGUAUGUAUACCACAUUUUCUUUAUCCAGUUCACAAUUGAUGGACACUUAGCUUGAUUCCCUGACUUUGCUAUUAUGAAUAGUGCUGCACUGAACGUACGUGUGCAGGUGUCUUCUUGAUAAAAUGAUUUUUUUUUCCUUUGGGUAGAUACCCAGUAGUGGGAUUGCUGAGUAGAAUGGUAGUUCUAUUUUUAGUUCCUUGUGAAAUCUCCAUACCGUUUUCCGUAGGGGUUAAACUAAUUUACAUUCCCACCAACAGUGUAUAAGCGUUCCUUUUCUCUGCAGCCUUGCCAGCAUCUAUUGUUUUUUGACUUUUUAAUAAUAGCCAUGCUGACUGGUGUGAGAUGGUAUCUCAUUGCGAUUUUGAUUUGCAUUUCUCUGAUGAUUAGUGAUGUUGAACAUUUAUCCAUAUGUUUGUUGGUUGCUUGUAUGUCUUCUUUUGAGAAGUAUCUGUUCAUGACCUUGCCCCACUUUUUAAUGGGGUUGUUUUGUUUUGUUUUUCUUGUUGAUUUGUAUAAGCUCCUUAUAGAUUCUGGAUAUUAGACCUUUGUCAGAUGCACAGUUUGUGGAUAUUGUUUCCCAUUCUGUAAAUUGUCUAUUUACUCUGUUAAUUAGUUUAAUUAAAUCCCAUUUGUCUGU